UUGAAAAAAAAAUGUUGUUAACAUUUAUGACAAAAGUUUUGAAAUUUUGCAUACUCCUGUUUUAACCAUGAUUGAUGGAAAGGUAGCGAAUACAAUCACACACACAUCAGGAAUGGCUGUAUGUUUUAUAUGUCAAGCUAAGCCUAGCGAAAUGAACAAUUUGGAAGUAUUAAGGACAAAACCAGUUUCGGAGGAAGGGCUUCAAUUUGGAAUUUCCCCUUUACAUGCGAGGAUAAAAUUUAUGGAGUGCAUAUUGCAUAUAGCAUACAACAAAAGUUUUUCAAAGUGGAGAGUAACUAAAGAUACAAAACAUGAAAGAGAAGAAGAAAAAGCGAAAAUACAAAGAAAUUUGAAAGUGGUUCUAGGCAUAAAUGUGGACAUGGUUAAACAAGGAAUGGGCACAACGAACGAUGGCAAUACUUCUAGACGUUUUUUUGCAAAUCCUUCCAUAACGGCAGAUGUUCUUGGUGUUGAUGAAAAUUUAAUUCAUCGCUUUAGUACAAUUUUAACGGUUAUAAAUAGUAAUUCCGAAAUAGAUGCAGAAAAAUUUAAUGUUUAUUGUUUGGACACUGCAGAACGAUAUAUACAACUGUACAGCUGGUACUAUAUGCCUAUUACUGUACACAAAGUUCUAAUUCAUGGGAGUAAAAUUGUGUCAGCAGCAAUAUUGCCUCUUGGCAUGUUGUCGGAGGAAGCUCGUAAUAAAGAUUACAGAACUUAUCGCCUAAGCCACUCCAGAAAAACUGAUCCCAUAUCAACAAAUGAAGAUGUCAUUCAUAUGUUACUAGCGUCUUCAGAUCCAUAUAUAAAUUCAUACCGUAAACAUUUCAAGAAGGAUAUAUUGGAAUUUUCUGAUAAAGUAAAAAAUUUGUUAUGUUAAUA